CCUUCAUGACGUAGUUUCGUCAGUGCAUCCAUAGUGCCCACAUUAUUUUGACCAUCAUGAGUGACGAGGUGACAGCCGGCAUUGAAAAUCUCAAUGUUAAAACUGAAAAGGCGAAAAUGAAGGGCAAGGAAAAGAAAACAGCACCCGAGAAGAGCGCUGUAUCUGAGCUGAAGCCAUGGCCCGCAUACAUCCAGGAUCGUCUGGACCUAUGGGACAAACUAAAAUCUGACUACGAUGCGGACGUGGCAGCGAAGCCCUCUGCCGAGAUCACAGUGACCCUUCCCGAUGGGAAGCAACUCCCAGCCCAAUCCUGGCGUUCAACUCCCUACGACAUAGCCAAGGGUAUAAGCCAGGGCCUAGCAGACAACACGGUCAUAGCAAAGGUGAACAACGAGCUCUGGGACCUGGACAGGCCUUUGGAAUCCGACUGCAAGCUGGAGCUCAUAAAGUUCGACCACCCAGAGGGUCAACAAGUAUUCUGGCACUCGUCAGCGCACAUCCUAGGCGAAGCAAUGGAGCGAGUCUACGGAGGCUGCCUCUGUUACGGGCCUCCAAUUGAAAAUGGCUUCUACUACGACAUGUUCCUGGGUGAGAAGGGAAUCUCCAACACAGACUUUCCCUACCUCGAGUCUCUCUACAAAAACAUCGUGAAGGAAAAGCAACCAUUCGAGCGUCUGGAGAUGAAGAAGGAAGACCUCUUGGAGAUGUUCAAGUACAACGAGUUCAAAGUCAGGAUUCUGAACGAGAAAGUCACUACCCCAACCACCACUGUCUACAGAUGUGGACCUCUGAUCGACCUCUGCAGAGGUCCCCACAUUCGUAAUACCGGAAAAGUUAAAGCCAUUAAAAUAACGAAGAACUCGUCAACUUACUGGGAGGGCAACGCCAACGCUGAGAGUCUCCAACGUAUCUAUGGCAUCAGUUUUCCAGACACUAAGCAGUUGAAAGAGUGGGAGAAAUUCCAGGAGGAGGCUGCCAAGAGGGAUCACAGGAAGAUCGGUCGGGAGCAGGAGCUCUUCUUCUUCCACGAGCUGUCCCCAGGGUCCUGCUUCUUUCAGCCACGUGGUGCUUACAUUUACAAUACUCUAGUCGAGAUGAUCAGGUCCGAGUACAAGAAGAGAGGUUUCCAGGAGGUCGUCACUCCGAAUAUUUACAACAGUCGAUUGUGGCAGACGUCUGGGCAUUGGCAGCACUAUGCCGAGAAUAUGUUCUCGUUUGAUGUCGAGAAGGAGACGUUUGCACUGAAGCCCAUGAACUGCCCUGGCCACUGCAUGAUGUUCGACGUUCGCAACAGAUCCUGGAGGGAGCUCCCUCUGAGAAUGGCUGACUUUGGGGUUCUCCAUCGUAACGAGCUGUCCGGAGCUCUCACUGGACUCACCAGGGUAAGGAGAUUCCAGCAGGACGACGCUCACAUCUUCUGCACUAAUGAACAGAUCAAGCAGGAGAUGCUGGCUGCCCUCGACUUCUUGAGACACGUUUACACUGUCUUCGGGUUCACCUUCAAUCUUUGCUUGGCGACGAGACCUGACAAGUACCUCGGGGAGUUGGAGGUGUGGAAUGACGCUGAGAAAGCACUUUCCGAGAGUUUGGAUGCCUUCGGGCAGCCUUGGACGCUGAAUCCUGGAGAUGGAGCUUUCUAUGGGCCCAAGAUUGAUAUCACCAUCAUGGAUGCGUUGAAGAGGCCACAUCAGUGCGCUACCAUUCAAUUGGAUUUCCAAUUGCCCAUUAGGUUCAAUCUUUCAUAUGUUAAUGAACAUGGGGAGAAGACCAGGCCAGUUAUCAUCCACAGGGCCAUCCUUGGAUCUGUCGAGAGAAUGAUCGCUAUUCUCACGGAGUCUUAUGCUGGAAAAUGGCCAUUCUGGCUAUCCCCCAGGCAGGUCAUGGUCAUUCCAGUCGGGCCUCCACUGGAUGAUUAUGCAUUCCAAGUUAAAGAGAAGCUCUGGAGUGCUGGGUUCAUGGCUGAAGUUGAUAUUGAUGACAGUGACACCAUGAACAAGAAGAUCAGGAAUGCGCAAUUGGCGCAAUUCAAUUUCAUUCUCGUUGUCGGAGAGAAGGAGAAAGCUGCUGGAACGGUGAACGUUAGAACGAGGGAUAACGUUGUGCACGGGGAAAUUCAAAUCGACGAGCUCAUCACUAAAUUCCAUAAAUUCAAGGAGACCAAGGAUCGCGCAUGUGAAGAAAAAUUCCAGUAGGAUUUUUCGUUGUGCAGAAGACGAUGAACUUUGGGGAUUUUCCACACGUCGACGAAUAAUUUAAUAUUUAUUUCGUUCAUGCAGGACAGAGGUCGCGUGGUAUUCAGCAUUUAAUGUAACUGCGGAUAUUCCAUGAUAUGUAAUGAGACUCUCAAUGGAGCUUCUUCGGGUGUACUUUCACAUUUGAAUAAAGAUUAUAGGGAAUUUCGACACAAAA